UUCACAAAUUGCUGACAACUGCAGCACCAAGUGUUUCAAAUGAGGUUUUAUGUCAUCCACAUUAGGAAUCUGAAGAAAAUGAAGCCACUUGUCAUAUUGAUUAUAAUUUCUUAUUUUAUUCAACUCACAGUUACCAGUGGAGCAGAACUUUCAGUUGUACAAUAUCCCCAGGACAUCAACAUAUCUCUUGAUUCAACUGUUUUGAUACUGUGUAAAUUUGACUACCCAGAUAAAAAAACAAUGAAAACAGAGGUGUACUGGAGGAAAGGCCCUACCUGUAAUCAGCCUGGGCUCCAGCCAAGCACCUCUCAUGUGUCACAGCUACAAAUUAAAACAGAAGAGUCCAAAAGAGUUUCAAUCUUACGACUGGACAACAUUCAGCUGAAUGACAGUGGCAUGUAUUUCUGUGAUGUAAGGCUAAUUUCUCCACCAGCAAUAAAGGAAAAAUGCGGAAGUGGCAGCAGGCUGACAGUACAUGAGUCCAAAAGCAAUGGCAAUAUCAGGCAUGAUAAAAUGUGGUGGGUGUGGUUCUUUCUUCUUGGAUAUAGCAUCUGUUCCUCCAUUAUCAUCAUAGCUUUCUCUCUCACUCGGUCUGCAGUCACAGGACCUCUCUAAACAAUACAUUUAACAGAAUGCUGGUCCUUAAAGGUGCAGAAUGUGGAGCAGGGCUGUAUUGGACCUAUGCCCGCCCUGAAAGGGCCCAGACAACCAGUGACAUUUCUUGACUGUACAGCAUUUUUCUUUUCAAGGCCAGUUAAGGAUAUACGAGUAGACGUUCAAGGACUAAACUUUACAGCAAAAGCUUGAAAGAGUACCUCUUACUUCCCAAACAACUCCCUUGUCCCAAACACCCUUGUGAAAAGAAGACUUGUGCAGUGUAACAAUUUUGAAGGUCAACAAAUUCAAGCAAGGACAGGAUUGUAUUCCUAACAGCACCUUAUUUCAAUGUGACUAGUUUGGAAUGGGAGGAUGUGUCCGGUCGCUUCCCAGUUUAUGGCUGCCUCUGCUGCUUAGCCAAAGAUCUUAGCCUAAGAACAGGGCCUCAGACUGUCACAGUAAGAGAAGGCCCUUACACCGGCAGACAGGGAUUUUGAUUCUUUUUUUUAUACCUCUAGAACUAGCCAAGUGAUAAGAAUACACCUAUAUUCUUAGAGUAUAGGCCUUUACAGACAGGCCUGAAUAUCUAUAUCCUAACACCAACUUCCAGGGUGCAUCAUAUCACUGUGCCAUUCAGCUUUUAUUAUUGUUGCACCUUUCUGAUUUCAUGGCUUUUUUCCUGUGCUGAUUGGCCAGCUAUAGAUGACGUGUGGUUGGGUUUUUUGUUGUUUGUUUUGAGUUUUUGGCUCAGGGGACAGGGCAAGGAAGGGGCCCCGUAAAAGUUUUCUGCCCUGGCCAAUGGAACCGCUAGGCCCGCUCAUGCGGCUGGUGAUCUGAGUCAACCUUUUUCCACAGCAUAAAAUUCACUGUCACAAUUAGCAACCUUUACUAGCAGUCCCAGCAGAGGCCUAGAAAUGAAUUUUCAUGGAGACAUGAAUCACUCCGGAUCAAGGCUGAGGCAUAUUGGUGGGAUGGUGUGGGAAAACCUACAGGAUGCCUUUGCAUCUUUCUGUGCAUAAAAGCCUGUGGUUUCAAUCCAGCAUCUUUCAUAAGCCCUAAAUCAGCCCCCUCCCAAAUACAGUUUUUUAAAGUUCCUAAGAAAACCCCCAAACCCUUACCUUUUUUAAAAUGAUAGUACAGAAAUACGUUUUCAAAUAGUAACUGGGGGGAGAAAAGUAUUUAAUAAGAUCACAAACACAAUCCAGAAUAUUAAUUCAGUCACUUCUUAGUUGUACAAUAUAAGCAAACACUUUUCCUGUUGCCUGGAAAUGCUUUGCAUUUAGGAUUGGUACUAUAUGGUUGUGUUAAUGUAAUGUAUUUCAUUGCAAAAUUUUAAUGCAGGAGCAGUUUUUAGUAAUACGUCCUGUUUUUCUUUCUGCACAAGUUUUUAGAUAGAAAGUACCCCCAAAAGUCCCCAAAUUCCAUCCACUCACUCCCCUUGUGGUGUCAGAAAAUUAUAUAAAAAUUAGCCACUGUAUGGUAGCCAGUAUAUCACUCUAAAGUCAUCAUGAUAAUCUUAAUAUCCUGCCAGUUUUUAAAGGUUAAAAGGAUAAAGGAUUGCAUAAAGGAACUGAAUAUCUUUUAUUACACUUGCAAUGUUCUCAGGCACAUCGCAAGUAGCGCGGAAUCCAAACACAACUCUUGGGGAGCCAUUCUUGUUAAGUCAGGCUGAUGGUCUCUAAGGCAAUGGCAUAUCUGAUGACAAUGUGUUAUUUAUUGCUUAAUGAUGUGGGUUUUUUUAACAGAUUCUUCAGUGUUGUAAAAAGCAUAAGAACAACUCAGGAAAUACAGAGGGCAUCUGUACUUUGCCAAGUGAAUGGAUUUAUGAUAAACCGUCCAGGGCUGUUAAUAAUGAAUUUAAUCAAGAAUAUGAAGAUAUGAGACUAAUGAGGACUUUUACUCACAGUGGAAGUAAGAUAUGAAAAAGGUGGAUGCAUUCAUAAUUGAAUUACAUUAGUAUAUGUAGCAAGUACUUUUCUACCCCCACAAAAAACUUGUUUAAUUUAGAGUUAGUUUUGCUGAAGUGAAUUUCAUAUCAAAACAAUCACUAAAAAUCAAAGAAACCACCAGUUAAGGCAACAUGAACAUCAAAGCCCAUCUCACUGUAUAUGUCUUACCACCCAAAGGAACUCAGAAUCCUCUGACAGAUCUAAUUCUUCUUAAUCACAAGAACAAAGGUACAGCAUGAACUUUCACCUUCAGUUAGAUUAAGAUGCAUUCCCCAUGAGCACAAGUGUAGUGGCAAAAUCUGCAAUGUGUUAUUUCUCCAUUAAAAAGUAGGAUGUCAGAUUUAGAAUUGUGAGUUGGAGUGUGCUUGGGAGGAAAUCCCAUACCUAUCACCAGCCUACUAUUUUGCCCCUACUAUAUUUCCCUCUUUCGUGCCCCCUUUCACCUCUUAACUCCUUUCAAUCUCUCCCACCCUCAGAUAUCCAGCCAUUUCCCUCACUCUGAUCACCUUGGAUAUAUACACCUCCCAAUAAAAUGAAACAACAAAAUGUAGCUUGUGAGGGAAGGAAAAAAACAACACCUACUUUAAAAUUACUGGAAACAUACUGAUGUGCACAUAACAUACCUGAGUGAAUGCAUGAGCUAAGUCCUGUAACCCUUGUCCUGUCUUCCCUGAUCCUCCUUACUCACUCACGUGUCAGGUCCAAAAUUAGCUUGUAAGCUCUUCUGGGCAGGCACAAUAUCAUUUAUAUUUUCUAAGGUACCGAGCAUACUUGUAGAGCCUGUAUAAAUAAUUUAGUGAGGCUGCUUAGAAAUAGUUUACUUUAAUUUGCAUAGUGAUUAACUACUACUUGAGGUAGUCCUAUAACGGAAUGGAUAAUGGCUGUAUAUAAAUGACAUGGGAAAAAUUAAUACUUCUGGACAAAAUCUACUCAAAUUGCCCUGAAAGAAAGGGCAUUUUUUUUUGCAUAAGUUGAUAUUGUUUUGACUCCGUAUUGAUGAGCAGAUAUCACACCAAGGAAAGUAACCGUUUUGGGUCAAAGGAGGAGAUUACUAUAACUGAAUGGCAGAAGCUACCACAGACAUUCUCUCUAGAGCAGCAGUUCUCAAACUGUGCGUUGGGACCCAAAGUGGGUCACGACCCCAUUUUAAUGGGGUCGCCAGGGCCAGCCUUAGACUUGCUGGGAUCCAGGGCUGAAGCUGAAGCCCAAGCUCCACCCUCACCCAGGGCAGAAGGGGGUCGUGGAGCAAUGAAGUUUGAGAACCCAUGCUCUAAGAGUGUCUUCUGCUUAGCAGGUUUCAGAAUGGUAGCCGUGUUAGUCUGUAUCAGCAAAAAAAACGAGUAGUACUUGUGGUACCUUAGAGACUAACAAAUUUAUUUGGGCAUAAGCUUUCAUGGGCUAAAACCCACUUCAUUGGGUGCAUGCAGUGGAAAAUACAGUCGGAAGAUAUAUAUACACAGAGAACAUGAAAAAAUAGGUGUUGCCAUACCAACUGUAAUGAGACCAGUUAAUUAAGGUGGGCUAUUAUCAGCAGGAGAAAAAAAAAACUUUUGUAGUGAUAAUCAGGUGGAUGGUCCAUUUCAAACAGUUGACAAGAAGGUGUGAGUAACAAUAGGGGAAAAAUAACAUGGGGAAAUAGUUUUUACUUUGUGUAAUGACCCAUCCACUCCCAGUCUUUAUUCAAGCCUAAUUUAAUGGCGUCCAGUUUGAGAAUUAAUUCCAAUUCUGCAGUUUCUCGUUGGAGUCUGUUUUUGAAGUUUUUUGUUGGAGAAUUGUAACUUUUAGGUCUGAAAUUGAGUGACCAGGGAGGUUGAAGUGUUCUCUGACUGGUUUUUGCAUGUUAUAAUUCUUGAUGUCUGAUUUGUGUCCAUUUAUUCUUUUGCCGUACAGAUUGUCCGGUUACUCAUACCUUCUUGUCAACUGUUUGAAAUGGGCUAUCCUGAUUAUCACUACAAAAGGUUUUUUUUCUCCUGCUGAUAAUAGCCCACCUUAAUUGGUCUCGUUACAGUUGGUAUGGCAACACUCAUUUUUUCAUGUUCUCUGUGUAUAUAUAUCUUCCUUGGAUGUAUGCAAUGGAAAAUACAGUCGGAAGUGGGUUUUAGCCCACAAAAGCUUAUGCCCAAAUAAAUUUGUUCAUCUCUGAAGUGCCACAAGUACUCCUUGUUUUUUUUCUGCUUAGCAGACUCUCAAAGUGCUGUGUUCUAAGACUGGGGUAAAAGACUAAACAAAUCCCCACCAUGCAAUAAAUCAUGGUGAUUUUGCAAUAUUUUGUAACACUAAAUUUAAUGCCAGUCUAGUGAGGCUUUCUGCAGUACUUGUCUAGGCAUUUAGGUGUUUAUCUUUUAUUUAAUUGUGCUCGCUCUCUCUCUAUUUGUAAGCUUGCCAAUAAAAACCACUUUGGUUUAAGCCAAA